CCAAUAAGGAUUGAAUGCCUGUUUCUUCCUGUGCAGCUCCUUUACAAAGGAAGAAAGAAAGAAAUUACCACUGUACUCAAAGCAUCCAUCUGUUUUGAUCGGCAUUUCCUUACUUUCUCUCAACAAGAAGAUCGAAAUGGACAGCGAUCGUCGGCUGGUUCCUGUUCCUAACCAAGCAGAAAUCGAAGGAGCUUUCCAGCGUUUACAAGCAGAAGUUCCUCACAGCAUUAUCAAUGAAAUCCUGCAAAAAUUGUCUUCUCCGGCUCUCAAGGAGCUGGGAUUGGAAUGGGGCCUCAAGGAUGAGCUUGAGAAACUCGGAAACAUAGUUUCCACAAGCGCACUUUAUGCUGUGAAUACGCUAAUGGAAAACCAGGGUUUUGCUGGCUCGUUGACGGAGUUCAUCGAUGCAGUUUAUGAUGCGGAUGACUUGGUUGAUGACUUCUCCACUGAAGCUCUGCAGCGCAGAGUAGUGACUCAGAAUAACUGGGCAAAGAAGGUACACGUUUUCUUUUCGAGCUCGAACCAACUUGCUUUUAGAUUUAAGAUGGGUCGUAAAUUUAAGAAAAAUAGGAAGACACUGUAUGCAAAAAGCCCCAUGCCCUCGCAACUUGAUCAGAAUAAUAUAAUUAGUAGUAAUAUGUACAACAAGGGUGAGGAAAUUAGCUCCUUUUUUAUGUCUACUGCACAGAAAGAAGUUAUUUUUGGGAGGGAGAAAGAUAAAUUGAAAAUUGUGGAGAAGCUAUUGGGCGAGGAUGGGUUUGUUGUUUCGGUAAUUGGAGAGGAGGGAAUAGGCAAGACCGCAGUUGCGAAAUUAGUAUACAAUGAUGAGCAGGUCACUAAUCAUUUUCAACUCAAGAUGUGGGUGUGUGUUUCUCAUGCCUUUGAUGUGAAAAUCAUUGCGAAAGAAAUGAUAGAAUCUGCUAUAGGAGGAGGAGGCAGAAGGAAAUUACCUUCAAAACUACUUCAUCAUGAUGUGGAUGGAGUAGCACUGCAAGAUCGCCUUAGGAAAGAAAUUGAUAGGAAAAGGUUUCUGCUUGUAUUGGACGAUGUACAGAAUGAGGAAACUGAUUCAUGGCGACAACUAAAAGAUCUUUUGGUGGGUGGUGAGAGGGGAAGUAAGAUAUUGCUAACUUCUCGCAAUAUUGAAGAUGGUGCGUGGGCUGAAAGAGAAAGACCACACUUUACAUAUCGUUUAACCAAAUUGUCGAAUUAUGAGUCCUGGUCUUUCAUUAAAAAAAUGGAAGUGUUUAAACAAAGAGAAGAGCAGGGUAAUCUACAUGAAGACAUAUAUGUAACUGCUAACAUAGUUCUUCCCAUGUGUAAAGGCCUUCCUCUUGCCCUAAGGGCUUUACGAGGCCCACUACACACUCAUGCAGAUGAUAAGUUGCUUGAUGACCUCAAAAACCUUCAACAUCAACAUGAUAAGUUACCAAUGUUAAGGUUGAAUUACAAUUAUCUUCCCUCGUAUCUAAAGCGAUGCUUUGAAUUUUGUUCCUUAUAUACAAAAGGUCAUGUCAUUUAUAAGAAAGACCUGAUACAAUUGUGGAUUGCUCGGGGACUUGUUCAGCCGCUGGAUAAAAAUCCAGAUCUGGAGGCUGUUGGAGAUUUGUAUUUUCAGGACUUGCUAAGGAAGUCCUUUUUUCAAGAUGUUGAAAGAGAUGAAUGGGGUGACAUAGUAAGUUGUAAAAUGCAUCCUCGUAUCAAUGACCUUGCAGCACUUGUUGCAGGAAAAGAGAAUGUUGUGUUGCAUCAUGAGUACAAUUCAACAAUUCAUCAUGUGUCAUAUGAUCCCUCUGAAGAUUCGUCAUUGGAUAUUCUUGCCCAAUUGUGUGGAGCUAACAAGAUACGGACAUUUCUCUUACAUGGUCAACGAGUAGGUUUUGGUGAGCCAACCAAAUUAGUUUCUGAUAUAUUGGAGCUAUCAAGGUUGCGUGUGUUGGAUCUCCAUUGCUUGGGGAUCAAGACGGUGCCAAGUUGCAUAGGCAAGCUGCAAUAUUUGAGGUAUCUUGAUCUUUCGGAAAAUUGUGCUAUCAAGAGUCUGCCAAGUUCCAUUACCACGUUGCAAAAUUUGCAAACAUUAAAACUCUCUUGUUGUUGUCAUCUUGAAGAAUUGCCAAGGGAGACUAAGAAACUGGUCAGCCUCAGGCAUCUUGAGCUUGAUGGAUGUAUUGGUUUGACUCAUAUGCCGUGUGGGUUAGGCCAGUUGACUUCUCUUCGGACAUUAACAUUCUUCAUAUUGGACCGAGAAAACAUUGCCUCUAAGCUCAGUGGCGGUUUGAGUGAACUGAAAGGACUAAACAAUCUACGGGGAGAGUUAAUGAUUGAGCGUUUGGGAAGACCGUGUUCAGCAAGCACAGCAACCGAAGAAGCCAAAAUUGAGGGAGCAAACUACUUGAAGGGGAAACAACACCUUCAGUCACUGCAAUUAAAAUGGGCCAAUGAAGUUGAUGGUCUGCUCUUAACUCAGGCGCAGCUCAGUGCAGAAGAUGAUAUUUUUGAAGCCCUCCAACCACACCCGAAUUUGAAGAGGCUUUCAGUAGCCGGGUAUGGGAAUUUGAGUUUUCCAAGUUGGAUGAUGAAUACUGGUUUACACCUCCCAAAUUUAGUUAAAAUUACUAUUGCGGACUGUUCCAGAUGCAAACAAAUUCCAAAGUUCGGGCAGCUUCAAUCUCUCCAAGUUCUUGAACUUUCUCAGUUGGUUUCCGUUGAGUACAUAGACAACAUCAGCAGUACUAAUGCUGCUUUCGGAGGAGUUUCGGCAACAUUCUUCCCAUCCCUGAAAAAACUUCUACUCAAUGGCUUGACUAAUUUGAAGGGAUGGUGGAGUUCUGAAGCAAAAGAACCAAUAGCAUUUCGUUCUCUUUCUGUAUCAACCAUCCAAAACUGUCCUAAGCUGGUAUCACUGCCUCUGCAUCCAUGUGUUGAAGAAUUAGAUUUGAUGCGGGUCAGCGAGAAGCUAGUACAACAGUUCACAAUGAUGGCAACCCCAACAAUCCCAACAGAUCCGAUGUUACCCUCUUCAUCAUCUUCAUCCUCUUCACCAGUUCCUGUUGCCAAAUUGAAGUCUCUUUGUAUUCAGUACAUUGAUGAUCUAGUUAUACUGCCACACAGGGCCAUUGAAAGCCUCGCUUCUCUUCGUUUUCUUGAGAUCUGUUGGUGUCCUAGACUAACUUCUCUCUCAGGAGUGAUGUGGCAUCUCACAGUGCUCGAGAAGCUGGAGAUCAACGACUGCCCAAUGCUUGAUUUGUCAGGAAAUGAUAACGGCAUGCAAUUCCAACACCUAAGGAACCUAACUUCUUUGAAGAUAAAACGAAUACCAAAAUUGGUAUGUCUUCCAGUGGGGCUUCAACAUGUUACCAUUCUCAAAUCUCUGGAGAUUGAAAGGUGUGAAGGGUUGAUUGCUUUAGGAGAGUGGAUUGGUGAACUCAGGUCACUUCAACGACUUGUCAUUUUUGAUUGCCACAAAUUGACAUCACUGCCGAAAGGAAUGCAACAUCUAACAGCCCUCAGAUCACUUGAAAUUGAUGGCUGUCAAGAGCUUGAUUUGUCUGAUGAUGAUGGUGGCAUGAACUUUCAAGGCCUUCGGAAUCUAAGUUCUCUGACGAUCAAAAGAAGUCCAAAGUUGAAGUUUCUUCCUGAGGGUUUUCAGUAUGAUAGCUCUCUGAAGUUUCUAGAGAUAUAUAUUUGUGAAAAUUUUACAGCUUUGCCUGACUGGAUUGGGAAUCUAACAUCUCUGAAACAACUUUCCAUUUACGGGUGUCCCAAAUUGGCAUCACUGCCCAAGGGGAUUUAUGGGCUAACUACAUUAGAAGUACUGAGUAUUCACAAUUGUCACCACAGUUUAUAUGAAAGAUGCCGCAAGGAAAUAGAAGAUUGGCGUAAGAUUGCAAGCAUCCCAAAUGUUUCGCUGCGAUGAUUAUGCUGACAACAAAAUUUAGUUGAUUUUUGAACUACUAUAUGGAGCAUACAUUGCUAAAAGAAAAGGUGGUUUCAAAAUCCAUUCACAAGCGACAUUUAGCUAAAAUGCUGAUGCACCAAGAAGAAGAGAUACUGGGUUCGCUUUCUUGAUCGUUGGGUCAAUAAAGCAAAAUUGAAAUUGAUAUUAUAGUGAGCACUAUUAUUCCCGUGGCUGGGGCUGAAUCAUCAUGACACAACUGAGUCUCAGCAAUUUGAGUGUUUCAUUGUUCCUUCUGCUGAUGAAAAAUUUGAGUUGUUGGGCAUCGUGUCCAGUGUCUUUAUCUUUGCUCCUGAAAGCUUCUUCGUUUUUCGAGGGUGACCACCCAAGUAUUUGAAAGAUGCAAGAGGUGGCGGACUGAUGGCUUUUCAAGUUGGGAACAGAUUGAUGGUGAAGGUGAUUGGAAGGUCAAUGAGCUAAUCAUUGGACAAAGAUCCGAAAAAUUCUCGGAUUUUGUAGCAGCUUGCUCCAAACUUAAUGUUGGUGUUAUGAAUGUUUUUAAUCAUAUCUGUGUAAUACCUUUGAAUACUUCCAAAUGUUACAAGAUUUGCGUCUUUGUACCAUUAAGGAUGGAGUUGCUUAAGAUGGUUUGUACUAAUAUUUUUGUUUCACUACUGCUACUAGAAUUUGCUUUAAAAGUUUUCUUUUCCUUUUCA